AUGGACCCGCGGUUGGACCUACGAGGAAGGCCGUGGCGACUGGACUCGGAGUGGGCGUUGGGGAUGACAGUAGGUGCGUUCAUGUGGAUGCAAGAGCCACCCUUCGUUCUUGAUCGUGCUAGAUAUGCCAUUUCAAUUGACCAUCAGCAAUCGAGAAAUGUCGAGCAAGCCGUCUUUGUACCUGACUUCGAGGUUGCCACGACUAACAGCCAACUCGAGCCUGGCAGGAAAGAAUCAUAUCCUCUGUUACCCUUCCGCGCCUUGGAAGGAAUCUGUCUUCCGGGCGCUAUACAACAAAGGUGGGAGGCAUCUAUCGCCGCCUCAAAGUCCGCAGAAUGGCGUCUGUGGUUCAAAACGCUCGAUCAGACACAGCAGAAAGCCCAUGUCCAAAGUCUAGCCAAGCGUAACAAAGAUAGAUUCUGGGCCGGACUCUGGCUUGAGUAUGAGGAAUGGUCAAAGCCACGACAUGCGCGAUGUAUUGCUGCUGCUACUAGAGCCUUGGUCAUCUUCGAGCGAGAGAACGUGAUGAGGCAGAUGAGAGAAGCACAGAAGUCCGUGAAUGUAAGAAGAGCGAGAAUGCUAGAAGGAUACGGCUUUUCGGCGAUGGAACCUGAGGAUCUGCCAGAAGCAGAGCCUCUUUCAGCACCUCUAACACCCCACGACAUCGUUUCCCUAAGGUUGCGCCUUGCGCCUUGCUACUUCCGCCUACCAGCCAGUACUUUUCGGUUCGCAACACAGAUCUUCAGCGGCAAGUCCUACGAAGAAGCCGUGACUGAGCAGAAGGCGAAUUUCCACAGCUGGACUAAUGAGAGCAAGGUUCGCAGGAUCGAAGGUCACCCUGACUUUGUUGUGUGGGGCAAUAUCGCAGUGCACAAGGAUGCUGUUCCAAAGCUCACUCCCAAAAAGAAGCAGCCGCAGACAGGGAAGCAUAGGUACCAGGACAAGCAAUCAAGGUCAGGAUGCGGAGAGGGCUGCCAAGGGCAAUAG